AUGUGGAUAAAUAAAUAUAUUGAUUGUUUCUCCCCUCCAUGAGUGAACAAAACCAUUGGAAAAAUCCCACCCUCCGUGAGCGAACAAAAAAUAUUUUUUAUGAGAGAAAUUUUGAUAUAUAAGUAAUAAUUAUUAGAAUAAAAUCUGCUUAAUUUUAAACAAAUUGCAUUUAAAACAUAAAUUUUCCAAAUUAAAAUUAAUUUUUACUUCUCAAUUUGAAUUUUACAUUUUGAAGAAAAAAAUAUUUACUAUAAAGUUUAUAUAUUUAAAAAAAAAAAAAAAAUUAGCCCCUCUGUAAGCGAACAAAAUUUUUUGUUUAUUCACGGAGGCGAGGGAGUUAGAGGACAAAUUGCAGCUCGAGAGUCUUAUUCAAGUUGAGCUACUUAAUAAAAUAGACAGCAAUUUAAACAUAAAUGAAACUUUUUUCCAAACUUAUACAGGAGGAAUAGUGCUUAUGUCAUUAGAGCAAGCCUUAAGACCUAAAUAUAAAUUGCAUAUAGGGACAGCUAAUAAUUUCGGGGAAAAAACUGAUGGUAUUUUUAUUCCAAAUCCAGGAGAAUCCUCUACCAUCAUUAUUCAUGAAUUUAAAAUCUUACACGUUGCUAAUUAUAAGGAAGUACUUGAAAGAGCUAAUGAUGCUCUUUGACAGAUCUACUCCAAGAAAUAUAUGGACAUUGCCUUCAGAUUUAAACACAGUCAUUUUCGUAGUGUAAUCAUUCGAGGCAUUGUGCUUUACAAAUGUUCUAGCACAAGAAAAUUGACAGUAUUCAUUAAGGAGCAUCAAUUUAGCUAUUGUGAUGCUGAAGAGAUAGACAAUCACUUUAGCACGGCAAGUGGAGGAAUACUGCCCCUAUCUUCAAUAUUAUCUAGAGAUAAUUCCAGGAUGGACUUAACAGAAAAGGCAAGGGAUAAGCUUGGUGGCAACAAUAUUGAUGAGUUAAUCGAAAAAAUUAUUAACAAAGACCCAAGUUUAGCUAAUAUAGAUAAGACGUAUGAAGAAGAGACAUUAAAAAGAAAAAUUAACCCAGGAGCUGAAGGCAAAAAAUUAUUAAGAGUGAGCUAUAAUUUUUAA